AACACGUAAAACCGGGGGCGAAGGGAGCGGAAGAGGCCGAACCUUCUUCCCUGAUCAUCAUCCUGUUCGCGUUCCUGCGAUCAGCAGAGGCGUGUCCCGUUAGGGCCGCCGUACCUCCUAUCGAUGUGGCCUGCGCUCGGAGUGCUUCCACGUCAGCUGGAGCAGGCAGCGGCGCCAGGAGGACCAGGAAGGCGGGGGGGGGGGACGAGCCACUCCGGUGAGCUUAGGAGGUGGCCGCGAGGAGUCGGUGACCGUCUUUCGAGUCCGGGACGCCGCGCCGAGGUUUCAUAAGCCAUUCCCCCCCCAAAAUUCUUGCAUUUUGGGUGCCUUUGUAAAGAAACACCAUGACAGCUGCAGAAAAUGUCUGCUAUACGUUAAUCAAUGUCCCAAUGGACUCAGAACCACCAUCUGAAAUUACCUUAAAGAAUGACUUGGAAAAGGGAGAUGUGAAGUCCAAGACGGAGGCCUUGAAGAAAGUAAUCAUAAUGAUCUUAAAUGGUGAAAAGUUGCCUGGACUUCUGAUGACUAUUAUUCGGUUUGUGCUGCCACUUCAAGAUCACACCAUCAAAAAACUACUUUUAGUGUUUUGGGAAAUAGUUCCCAAGACCACUCCGGAUGGUAGACUGCUUCAAGAAAUGAUUCUUGUUUGUGAUGCCUACAGAAAGGAUCUUCAACAUCCAAAUGAGUUCAUCCGAGGCUCCACUCUUCGCUUUCUUUGCAAGCUUAAAGAAGCAGAACUAUUGGAACCCUUGAUGCCAGCUAUUCGGGCAUGUCUGGAACAUCGUCAUAGCUAUGUGCGCAGAAAUGCAGUCCUUGCCAUCUAUACAAUUUACAGAAACUUCGAGCAUCUUAUCCCUGAUGCCCCUGAAUUGAUCCAUGACUUUCUGGUGAAUGAGAAGGAUGCAAGUUGCAAAAGAAAUGCCUUUAUGAUGCUAAUUCAUGCUGAUCAGGAUCGAGCUUUGGAUUACUUGAGUACCUGCAUUGAUCAAGUUCAGACAUUUGGUGACAUUCUCCAGCUGGUUAUUGUGGAACUAAUCUACAAGGUUUGUCAUGCUAAUCCAUCAGAAAGAGCUCGAUUCAUUCGAUGUAUCUUCAAUUUACUGCAAUCUUCAAGUCCUGCAGUAAAAUAUGAAGCAGCAGGAACUUUAGUGACGCUCUCUAGUGCGCCAACUGCAAUCAAGGCAGCGGCUCAGUGCUAUAUUGACCUGAUUAUUAAAGAAAGUGACAACAAUGUUAAACUGAUUGUCUUGGAUCGCUUGAUUGAACUCAAGGAACACCCUGCCCAUGAAAGAGUAUUGCAGGAUCUGGUAAUGGACAUACUGAGAGUUCUUAGUACUCCAGAUCUGGAAGUGCGCAAAAAGACUCUACAGUUAGCUCUUGAUCUUGUAUCUUCCAGAAAUGUAGAAGAGCUGGUGAUUGUUUUGAAGAAAGAAGUAAUUAAAACAAAUAAUGUGACAGAGCAUGAAGAUACUGAUAAAUACAGACAGUUGCUUGUUCGGACAUUACACUCUUGUAGCGUUCGGUUUCCUGAUAUGGCUGCAAACGUCAUUCCUGUGCUGAUGGAAUUCCUAAGUGAUUACAAUGAAGCUGCAGCUGCUGAUGUGUUAGAGUUUGUGCGUGAAGCCAUCCAGCGUUUUGAUAAUCUCAGACUACUUAUUGUGGAGAAAAUGUUGGAAGUGUUCCAUGCUAUUAAAUCUGUCAAAAUUUAUCGGGGAGCACUUUGGAUCCUUGGAGAAUACUGCAGCACAAGAGAAGAUAUACAAAGUGUAAUGACAGAAGUUCGUAGAUCACUGGGAGAGAUCCCAAUAGUAGAAUCUGAAAUCAAGAAAGAAGCUGGUGAGCUGAAACCUGAGGAGGAAAUCACUGUGGGCCCUGCCCAAAAAUUGGUUACUGAAAUGGGAACUUAUGCUACACAGAGUGCCCUUAGUAGUUCCAGGCCUGCCAAAAAGGAAGAAGAGAGGCCUCCACUGAGAGGGUUCUUACUGGAUGGGGAUUUCUUUGUUGCAGCCUCCCUUGCCACAACUCUGACCAAGAUUGCGUUACGAUAUGUAACUCUGGUUCAAGAAAAGAAGAAACAAAAUUCUUUUGUAGCUGAGGCAAUGUUGGUCAUGGCUAGUAUUCUCCAUUUGGGCAAGUCAUCUCUUCCUAAGAAGCCAAUUACAGAUGAUGAUGUGGAUCGGAUCUCUCUCUGCCUGAAAGUGCUCUCAGAAUGUUCCCCUUUAAUGAAUGAUAUUUUCAACAAGGAGUGCCGGCAGUCCCUUUCUCACAUGUUGUCUGCUAAACUGGAGGAGGAGAAGCUCUCUCAGAAGAAAGAAUCCGAAAAGAGGAAUGUGACAGUUCAGCCAGAUGAUCCCAUUUCCUUCAUGCAGCUGACUGCUAAAAAUGAAAUGAGCUCGAAGGAAGAUCAGUUUCAGCUGAGUCUUUUAGCAGCAAUGGGCAACACACAAAGAAAAGAAGCUGCUGAUCCACUGGCAUCCAAACUCAACAAGGUCACUCAGCUGACAGGCUUUUCAGAUCCAGUCUAUGCAGAAGCAUAUGUUCAUGUCAACCAAUAUGAUAUUGUACUGGAUGUGCUUGUAGUAAACCAGACCAGCGAUACUUUGCAGAACUGCACACUAGAACUAGCUACAUUAGGUGAUUUGAAGCUUGUGGAAAAGCCAUCUCCUCUUACACUCGCUCCACAUGAUUUUGCCAAUAUUAAGGCUAAUGUGAAAGUAGCAUCCACAGAGAAUGGCAUAAUUUUUGGUAAUAUUGUGUACGAUGUUUCUGGAGCAGCCAGUGACAGAAACUGUGUUGUCCUCAGUGACAUACACAUUGACAUCAUGGAUUAUAUCCAGCCUGCUACUUGUACAGAUGCAGAGUUUCGUCAGAUGUGGGCUGAAUUCGAAUGGGAAAACAAAGUUACAGUGAACACAAAUAUAGUGGAUUUGAAUGAAUACUUGCAGCAUAUAUUAAAAUCCACUAAUAUGAAAUGCCUUACCCCAGAAAAGGCUCUUUCUGGUUAUUGUGGUUUCAUGGCUGCCAAUCUCUAUGCACGGUCAAUAUUUGGAGAAGAUGCACUUGCAAACGUCAGCAUUGAAAAGCCAAUUCAUCUUGGCCCUGAUGCUCCUGUCACAGGACACAUAAGAAUUCGUGCAAAAAGUCAGAGAGACAGGAGGAAAGAGCAGUCAUGGCCUGGGCAGCUCAGCUCUGAGCUCAGCCGUAUGAAGACUCUGAACAGGAUGGGAGGAGCAGGAAGAAAUGGAAUGGCCCUAAGUCUUGGUGACAAAAUCAAUCUCUCUCAGAAGAAAACUAAUUUAUAAACACAAGAAGAUUCUUCUUAUCAUUUAUUAAUUAAGUGCUUGGAAUGUUGCUUGAUGGAUUCAGAACAUCUUGUAUUUGUAUGUUCUUUUGUUGUCGUAGAAGCUGAUCUUUUUGUGCUGAAUGUGUUCCAGCAAAUAAUUUGUAGAUUCUACUUACCACUUGCAAGAUCAAUGUUGAUAAACCUUUACAUUUACAUUUCUCCUCAUUGCCUUUAGAAUUCAUGUUGUCUAGCCUCCUUAUAUGGUCUGUUUUAAAAAAAAAACCAAUAAAAUGGAUUAACUGCUAA